AUGAUUACCUUAGUUGUAUACAGUUUUCUAUUUUAUAUCGCCUCGGCUGAGCGUAAUUUAAAGGUGGUGAAGUACGAGAACUCAGUGGACACCAUCGUGAAGGACCUCAUCGACAACUGGCAGUCGCCCCUUGCGUACCUGAAGAAUCGCGGCUACCUGGAUCCGCAAAUCGCUCCCGAACUGGAGUUCCAGCAGCUGCAGGGAAAUUUAGUCCCGAAAGUGCCAAUAAACGAAUUACUGCGGCUCAACAAGGAAUCCAAAAGGGAGGUGGAAGCCGAAAGCAAAGUAAAUGCAGGUGGAAAGUUGGAUGAGCGUUCCGCCCGUUCCCUUCAGGAUCCCAAAGAACUCGAGCUGAAGCGGAUGUUCCAGACGCUGUUCUCCACCAACGAUCAGGCGGCCUCCGAGGAGAUACAAUCCAAGCUGGGCGUGUCCUGGGACAUGAAUGCUCUGAAGUCCUCGGCUCGCUUGGGGGCAAAGAAGUAUCUGGAGAAGUUCAACAGCAAGCGGAACCAGGGUAUAUCCCUCUUGGCCAAUGAAGCUCCAGAUGCCCCCGUAUCCGGCGAAGCUUCUAUAAUACCAGCCCAUAUCUUGGAUAAGAAAAGCAACGAAUCUGUGGAGAAGUCCGGCUACAAAGGGCCAAACUACCUGAACGGCGUGGCCAAGAUUCUGGGCAAUCCAGAAAUAAGGUACAAGGAUUGGGACGCCAAGCCCGCCCAGGAAAUAAGGCCAAAAGCCACCAGCAAACAGAAUUGAGUUGUUGAUUAAAUGUUCUUGUAGUUCCGAAA